GCGUUGAGCCGAUCCCCCGCCAAUAUGUCAACCGCCGAGUCCCAAGGGGAUGGUUUCCUUCUCUUGCCAGUGAAGCUCCCGGCACUUCCCUCGUGCCCCAUCACCGCUCUUCACGAGAUCCGCGUUCGACGAAAUGCGCCCAGGAUCCCGACCGAGAUCGAUGAUCGAAGUCUCUUUCUCAAGAAUGUCCCCGUGGACAGCACCGAAGCUCAUUUUCGCCAAGUUUUCUCCGCUCUCGUCGGUCCAGGUCGCUUCGAAAGCGUUGCAUUCGAGGAUGAUCGGAAGAGUGCCGCAGCUGUCGACCCAGUCAACGCUGCGAAGAUUAUGGGUCUAGGCAAGAAGCGCAAGCGCGGCGAACAGGAAGCAGAGGAGAGAGCCCGGGAGGAAGAAAUCGCACGACUGCCCGAGACUUGGACAAGAAGGCUACGAAAAAGCGGUAGCAGCGCCAUUGCUCUCUUCGCAGAUGAAAAGAGCGUCGAGCUCGUGCUCAAGGCCAUCAGGAAGGCGAACAAGACGACAAAAUUUCCCGUCUGGGGACAGGGUGUUUCCGAGGAUGAGCCCGAGCUUGGAUCCGAAUGGGUAUCUGCACACAUUCAGCUGUCGCGCUGUGACAAGGCGGCAACGCAGAAGUCGGUUCACGCCUUCUUCAACGUUUUCAAUCGCAAGGAGAAGGAAGCGGCAGAGAUGGCCAAGAGGUUGCGCAAUGAGCCAGACGAGGACGGCUUCGUCACAGUUGUCCGCGGUGGACGUGUUGCUCCGGCCAACAAGAACGAGGCCGAAGAAGCCCGACAGAAGAUGAUCGACAGGGCCUCGAAGAAGAAGGACGAGACUACGGACUUCUACCGCUUCCAACUGCGCGAGCGUCGCAAGGCGGAACAAGCCGCUAUGCUGAAGAGAUUCGACGAGGACAAGAAGAAGGUCGAUGCCAUGAAGGAGAAGCGUGGCAAGUUCAGGCCGGAAACAUGAAUCUACAGAUGACGUUUCCAACACAUUACACAAGAUACCCAUGUAAAAAAUAUCAACUUCAGCGUAAGUGGUCUCUCCUCUUUCUCAGUGUACUCCGCUUUACAUGAUGACGCACGCGGGGCCAGCGAAGCACCUGUAGGCGAAGGGCUUGUCCCAGAGCCAGUGGUGCAGUGCCGACAAACACCGCGUUAUAUAUAUCUUCUCAACUUUGUCUGACAUUUCGAUCGGGGCUUUCUUCUUUUGCGAUUAACGAUAACGCUUGGAAAAAACAAAGACUCACGCAAUGCUAGACCACCAGAUUUAGAGAGCAAACAGGCUGGCUCUUACGACAGCAAGAGACCUGUUGUUCGAGUCAUAGAAUCACGUUUGCGGAAACAGGACCACUUCCGCCGAAGAGACUUGCCGUACACCUCCACGCCCUUUUGCCCAGGAGUGAGGGAGGUCGAGUGGGUGAAAUGAGGAAACUCGUGCCGAGUCGAGUCGCAAAAUAGAACCGCCGCGGCACAGGCGAUCACGGAUUGGUCUGAUACUCGCGACCGCCACGCCGCUCAGCGUCCUCGGUAGAAAAAAAUACAAAGCCACGUGUGCGGCAAGUCGAUGUCUCCCAGUCGUGGCCUUCUCUCCCAACACAAUUCCCGCAAUCCUGGAUUGAGCAACGCGAUGUUUUCAGGUUCUGGACCAGUGGACGCCUAUUGUUUAAUCAAACGCUCCUCUGUGCAGCGCGUGGCGUCAAUGUUCUUUUCGACACUACUCCCUUUCAGGUGUUGAUUGUAUUUUACUUGCUGCCCCUGUGCCUCUCUACUUUUUCCACCUUGUCUGGGUUCCAGUUCCGC